GGAAGAAGAAAGAAGAAGAAGGGAGAAGGAAGAAGAAGAAGAAGAAGCCACAGACUAUGCAUGUGAGGAAAAUAUUAAGGGAUUUUGUACCAUCUCAACCAAGUGCUUCCCUGACACACGGCCUGCUGUUGUAUGGCUUCUCUCAAGAAGCAAGACACAGAAAGUUCUGCUUAGCAGCUACAGAUCAAAUGGAAGGGCAUGAGGGGAUGGAAAACAAGGGAAAGAACUGGGAAAGGAUCCCUUUGGGCAGUGGUUCUUAACAUGAUCUGCAUAGCUUUUUAGCAGAUAAACAGACAGACAGUUAGGCAGAUAGAUAGACAAGUAGGCAGGUGGCUAGAUGGAUAGAUAGACAAAAAGACAGAUCAAUAGACAGGUAGAUAGAUGGAUGGCUGUAUUUCAGAAAUUAUCAACCAAAAACUGAUUUCCUUUGUAAUCCUAAAUAUUUUCAUUUUUGCAUUGAAAAUUUUGCAUUUUUCUGAAGAGUUCACAUUUUAUAGAAGAAGAAACCCACAUUUCCUUAAAGACAGGAAUCCCUUGUUACCUGGGAAUGGGGUAGGAGAGGUGUCAGCUUAAAGUCAAAUAGCUUAUAGUUCAAUAAAAAAAAAAUCCAGAAUGGAAGCUAAAAGGAUCUAGCUUCCAAUCUGCAUCCAGAACAUUCAUUGCACAGCUGACUCUGGGCAAGUCACUUCACUACCCUGCCUCAGUUUCCUCAUCUGUACAAAGGGGAUAUAAUAGUAUCUAUCUCCAAGAUUGCUACAAAUAUCAAAUUCUUUGCAAACCUAAAUGUAUCAUAGAGAUGUUGACAAAACCCUAAACCAUUUACUUAAUGAAGGACAUUUGUUAAGGUCCUUUCAACUAGGAAAUUGUUUAAUGCUUGGAAUAAAGUGUUUUAGGGGUUUUAACCGGGAUUGGGCCCUUCAAGAUAAUUGAUUUCCUAGAUAAUACUGUUUUAUUUUAGGAAUUUAAAAAUAUUAUUCUAAGAAGGGGUUCCUAGGUUCCACCAGAGUGCCAGGGGAUUUCAAAAAACACACACACAAAAAGGCUAAAUAGGUUAACGUGUAGAUCAAUGAAAGUCCCUCGCAGUAUUGAAGCAAUUGAGGCCCAGAGAGAGCAUGUGACUUUUCCCAAGUUGCACAGCGAAUUGAAAAGCUGUAUGUCUCCCUCUAGCGCAGAGGCUGGGCGAGAUGGGAAGGUAAAAUAUCAUUACAACGGACAAGUUUGUGCCAGAAGUCCAGGACCACAACGCGCAACGUCGAUAUUUCCACUGCGCCUGUGCAAGGCGCCUAUGGCCAGCGUUGCGUCACUUCCGGCGUAGAGGGGCGGGUGGAGCGGACGGUGGGUCGGACCUGUCCGCGGUGCUGGCGGAGACUCCAGGUCGCCUGUGACUCGGCCCACCCACCCUUCCGUUCUGGCCCGGGGGGUUGAGGAGAAAAUGGACUCCAGGAAAGGAAGGGGACUUUUCCAAGGUCAUCUACCACAAGUUGCCCCAACUUUGUUUUCGGCUGAGGAGGAGGUUACUGAGGGCUCGUGAGCAAAGUUGGAUAUUACUAGUUUCAGUCAGUCAGCCAACAAGCAUUUAGCAGGUGCCUGCUGUGUAUCAGGCACUGGUACACAGGCAUUGUGCUAGGUUCUGGCAUACAAAGACAAAACUGAGACAGCGCUUGCCUUUGAGGAAUCUACAUUCUACUAGGGGUAUACGCCUUUACAGAGAAGUAAAUACAGGAUGUACAAAAGAUAAAUUUACAAAAGGUUGGGGGAAAGGUUACUAAGAGCUGGGGGAAGUAAGAGGGUUUUCUAGGCUGUACUUGAGCUGGGCCUCAAAGAGAGCUAAGUACAUUCCCUUAUGGCAAUUCGGCUUUUCUUUCAAAAUUACUUUCUUGUAUUCUGUAGCAGGUGGGAGUUAUGGGUAGUACAGCAUGCUAUUAAGUGGGCUUAAAAUGGGUUGUUUAAAUUUUUUGGACAGCUUCCUGAUAAUCUAAUGUCCGAAGAAAGUGACUCUCUGAGGACAAGCCCAUUUGUGGCACCUUUAUCUGAAAAUAAUGAGCUCCCCAAACAGCCUGGCUAUGUGUGCUCCCUGACAGAGGAGCUGGUCACCAAAGCCCGGGAGGAGCUACAGGAAAAACCAGAAUGGCGGCUGCGGGAUGUCCAAGCCCUUCGAGACAUGGUCUGUAAAGACUAUCCUAACUUAAGUACGUCCCUGGAUGAUGCUUUUCUUCUGCGCUUCCUCAGAGCCCGAAAGUUCGACUAUGACCGAGCCUUGCAGCUUCUGGUCAACUAUCACAGCUGUCGGAGGAGCUGGCCUGAAGUGUUUGAUAAUCUAAAGCCCUCUGCCCUGAAGGAGGUUCUGAGUUCAGGUUUUCUCACUGUGCUGCCUCACUCGGACCCUAAAGGCUGCCAGGUACUUUGCCUUCGUCCAGAUAGAUGGAUUCCAAGUAACUACCCAAUUACUGAGAACAUUCGUGCCAUAUAUUUAACAUUAGAAAAACUGAUUCAGUCUGAGGAGACCCAGGUGAACGGAAUUGUUAUCCUUGCAGACUACAAAGGAGUUGGCUUAACCAAGGCUUCUCAUUUUGGUCCUUUUAUAGCCAAAAAAGUGAUUGGAAUUCUCCAGGAUGGGUUUCCCAUUAGAAUAAAAGCUGUCAAUAUUGUAAAUGAACCUCGAAUAUUCAAAGGCAUUUUUGCUAUCAUAAAACCAUUUCUGAAGGAGAAAAUAGCAAAUAGAUUUUUCCUCCAUGGAUCAGACUUGAAUUCUCUACACCUGAACCUUCCAAAAAGUAUCCUUCCCCAGGAGUAUGGAGGCACUGCUGGAGAGCUGGAUGCAAAUGGCUGGAAGGAGGUGCUGCUGGCUUCGGAGGAAGACUUUGUAAAGGAGUUUUGUAGGCCUCUCCCUCCCAGCAGUAGCCUCCUCCAGGAGACCCCACUGGUGGAGAGAAUAACUUCUGAGGUUCAAGGAGAUGACUCCAUUCGGGGAGUAAAGUCACAGCUGUACUCCUGCUAUUAACCAAGAAGUCACAUAGUUUUCUACAUAUAUUGCAGCCAUUAAGUAAUUUCUUUCUCCCUCCUAAAGCAUAAAAGGAGAAUAAGUUCCAUGAGUUUGACCCUUUCCAUAUAAUUGAACUAACAGGAUAGAAUUUAAGCCUGGUGAAGUCAUGAUCAGCUUUAAAAUAAAGAUGUAGUACAGAAGGUAACAGUAGGUAAGUUGCUUGAGAAUGUCUUAAGAUAGACCUUUGUAAUACCUUUAAGCUCCUUGAAAACACCUUGCCAGUGAUCGAGUUUCGUGAACCCCACUUUCAAAUCUGAUAGCUGUGCUUUCAAGAUAUAUUCCUGUAAUUUCUAUUAGUUUGGGUAUUUCCUUUCCCAAAACAGAUUUCAACUCUCCCAUGCUUUGAUAGAAAAUUUCAGGAGCUUCUGAGGCAAAAGCAAUCUCCCACUGAUGAUGAACCUUUCUGUACUUAGUUGUUCUGGUCAUUGAGUAGCAAGUCUAAUCUAUUGCUUGGGCUGUAUUUAAAAUCCUUCCAUCUUGAUGGGACCAACUCGCAUCUAUCCACUCAACAUUGGCUUUGAGAACCCAGUGAGGACUUGGGGAAUCUCCGAGCUUUGCAAAAAGAAAUCCAGUAGGGGGCAGUCCAAGAAUAAGAGAGAUCUACUGUCUUGGAGAAAUCAGCUUGUGACAGGCGAGCUUAUUCUGUUGCAGUGAAGAUUGCUAGGAAGAUUAUGAAGAUCACGGAGGGGAUCCUCAUGUCUGGUUUCACAACAAUCUAUACUUAAAGAUCACUUUCCUUGCACUCCUACUUCUGUCCUCAGUGUGGUCAGGAGCUGCUAAUUCAUCAUCUGUUCCCUUUUUUAAACCUUAAUAUGGUUCUUGCUGCAGUCUAAAGGCCUCAGGGCACUUUCCUUUCAGUAUUCAGAAGCUAAAGAUGUUGUGAUCUCUUGGAGAUUCCUGCUGAAGUGAUCCCAUUUUUCUAGUAAUCCUAAAGGUCUCAUCUCUCAUUCUUUAUCAUUUUGGGAAGAUAAACAAUAUGGCAUGGCUGUGGAAGGAUACUGUUUUAAUAGAUAGAAAAUCACCAGAUUUCAAUGUAGUAUAAUAGAAAGAGCACCAGGCAGCCCUGCCAUCUGGUCCCAUUUCUGUCACUAAUUCAUUGUGGAGCUUAACCUCUGUGGAUUUCAAAAUUCUUUUUAACUAUAAAAUUGUGGAACUCAGUUUAAUUAUUGGACUGUAUCAUACAUCAGUUUUCUACUUGCAGAUGGAAGUUACAGUGUAGUGGACAGAGUUGGACUCAGAGACAAGACCACCUGGGUUCCAACACAUCCUGGGUGUUUGACUCUGGGCAGACCAUUUAACCUGUCAGUGCUCUAGUCAGCUCUAAGACUACAGUUACAGAGAAGGUGUGACUUGUAGUUGUAGAGGAAGUUUGCUCACCUUGGAGUUCCCUGUGAAAUUCCAGGCCUAGUUCUUAUCCCUUUCCAACUACUGAAGAUGCACAGCUACACAAGACUAAGGAGAUCUUGUCAUCUUUGUAGGUAGGCAUCACUAGGGAGAAUUCCCACACUGCCUGUAUGCCAGCCUUUUAUUCACUGAAAUCUUUGCUAAAGAUUAGUUUUAGUGACCUAUAUUUUGUGAAUCCAGUGAGUUUUUCUGAGUAAAAAUUCAGAGUUUGGGGAAACAAAUGGAAAUAGAAUGUUUUUAAAAAGCACAUAUAUUUUUGAGAUUUCCUGCAAGCUUUCUGUCUGUAAUUAUGAUUUAUAUCUGUUCAUUAGCAUUCCUGAGCUGCUUUGCCACUCCACUCCUCUGUUCCAGGUUGAGCCCUUAUAAUGUGCCAGUUAUAGUCAGGUCAGCCAUUUCUAAAGAUGGACUGGGAGUUUCAGCACUUUACAUCUUCACUGUCAAGAUUCGCCUUUGCCCUAAACCCUAGUCAAAAUGAGAUUUGAUGUCUUUUUAGAUCUGGUUUAUGUCUGGUUUAUUGCAUAUACAAGAUGGUUUUAAAUUGUAGUUUUAUCCUUUAUGUGCCUCUUCUCCACAUUUAUUUUAAUGUGCUGCAAAACCAAGAGCAAGGCAUACAAUUAAUUCUCUAAAAGCAGAGCAAUUAAGACAUGCUGAAGCCAUUUGUUUAUACUUUUACUACCAGGUAGUUCAUCUAUAUAAUUCUUUCUUAAAAGCACUUACUUGACAGGGUUUUUUGUUUUUUUGUUUUUUCUGUUGAAAUUCCAUUUACUUUACCUCCUUGGUGCCAAUUCUCAAUUAGGGAAACCUUAUCUCCCUAUAGAUUAACAUCAUGUUGUCUAGGAAAGAGCUAAGAGACAUUACAUGUUUUAAGUGCCAAAAUGAUAAUGGCAGUGUCUCUCAAAUCACCAAAAAUGGAAAAACAAAGAUUUUCAUCCGGGAAGCCUCAGAAGUGAAAAACUGUUUCUGAAGGGAGGGACAAGUUUCCAUCAGGCCUGUUGGAUCUAGGUUUGGAACAAGGUAAAGAUUAAGACACAUAGAACAGCAAUAAAAAGUAGGAUUAACAGAGGAAAGUUGAAAAUCUGACAAAAGUCAGAGGAAAUUAGAUCUUCUGGUCACUGGAAGGAAGCAGAAGAGGUAAGUAGAAAAAUAGAAAAAAAUUUCCAUGGUCCAAAGUUCCUGAGUAUUAGUGGCUUUAGUGAGUUAGCCUUUUGAAUUAUUCAGCAUUGUUUGUUCAUAACUUUAAAUAUGAAUGAUCUAGUAAAUCUAGAAAAUCUACAUAAGGACCAGGUCAUGUUGCAAAUCUUCUCCAUGAGUACCCUUGAUAUGAUGGAACCAAGGUUGUAAUAUUCUUUCUUGGAAGGUUGUGAUUUUGGGAUAUCUGAUCACUAGAUAUUUCAGCAGGUUUGUGCAAGGAUGAUGAGUGGGGAACUCACUUGGAUGAGAGCCUAGGUAGUCCCUAUACGCUGUCUUAUUGGGGCAAUUGAAGUAGUUCUUUACUGGCAGUGAAUAGGAAUAGCAAAAGGCAAUUAUGAGUCAGGUUUUUUCCAUUGGCUUUGAUGUGAAGUGACCUGUACUACCAACAAGAAGUGAUGUUAGUAUGCAAAGCAGAUUGUGCCAUAAACCAGACUUAUCGUGGCUUGUAGAAGUGAGAAUUCCAACUGUCACAGCUGCAUGGGAGUAGUUGCUUUUUGUCUCUCCCUUUGAGGAAAAGUCCUAGCCAAUUUUACAAAUUUCUGAAGCCAUUUUAUCCCUAUAUUGUACCACUUCUUUGGCCUGACUACUAGAAGAACAACAUUCUUAAGGUAUCUCUCACCCUUGAUGCCAUUACGCACAAUUUGGGUCUCAGUUGCCCCAUUUGUAAAAAGAAAAUUAUUUCCCAAGGCUUAUUUAAUCUCUAAAGUCUGUGACUUUAUGAUCAACAGUUAUAUUUAGAGAAUGUGCUCUUUAUUAAUUGGCUCAUUCAAAUUAAUUUGAUUUUUUAAAAAAAUUUCUCCUAGGUUAGAAUUCUAGAAUACUGCAGUUCCCUCCUGAGUCCAUCUUGGGCCUUUGUUAGGGACAAACUAGGAGUUUUAAAAGAAAGUGAAAGAGGGAGCUUUGUUUUAAUAAGAAAAAAGCUUUGGGUUUAUAAUUAGAAGAUUUGGAUUUGAAUCCUAUGACCUAAAUCAAACAUUUUUCCCUCUUUAAGCCAGAGUUUCUUCCUUUGUAAAAUAAGGGGAUUUGACUAGAUGCUCUAAUAUGAACCUUUCUUAGCUGAAAAUUAUGUGGUUUUGUUUUGUUUUUUUAAACAAAUAUCUAAUUGUUGGUGAGCAUUUCUUCCUUGACACCUGUUGGCAAAUCAGCUUAGGAAAGACAAAAACUUGUUCCUUCAUAACUCCAAGAAAACUUAAGAUCUCUGGUAGUUUAUCCAACACUCAUCAGAAGUCAGUUGUCCUGGGAGGCAGGCAUGUAAAACAUCUCAGAUGAGUGUCAGGUCCCUUGUCAGUGACAAUAUUGGUAGGAUAGGACAGCUGUGUGUAUGGUCCCAUUUGAUUCUAAACCUUUUAGUGGUUUCUGAAUUGCCCUGUUUUAUUUUCAGAUGAAUUGUGGGUAGCUCACCAUCUUUCCACCCCUGGCAGCUAGAAGGAAACAUUCUCUAGUACCUCCUCAUGUUUAUGUUUCAAACUUGCAUCAUUUUUUAAUUUCUUGCUUAAAAAGGAGUGAAAGACCUUUUAAACUACUGAUUGUGGUGUGGUUGCUCCUUUGGUCAUUGAGUAGUAUGCUAAUAUGAAAUAAAGGAAAACAAGGAUUAUUCUGAGUAGGAAAGAUGAAAUCCUGAGUCUAUUACAGUCGAAGGAACCCUAUUACUACUACUACUACUACUACUACAGUAGAAAGAACCCUAUUAUGGAGAGUGAAAAGACUCGAGUUCUAGUUCUAGCCUUGUGACUAGCUGGGUGAUUUAUGGCACUUCAUUCUCCUGUCUGUGUUUAAUUUCUUUAGCUACAGAAUAAAGCUGGAUUAGUUGGUCUUGAAGGUUUCUUCCACUUUGGAUAAUCUCCGUGCUAGCUUUCCUUUCUGUCCUAAUAUCCUUGUUGUAUUCUAAAGCUCCAUCAGGCUCUGAGGUUUUGUGAGUCCCUUCUCCAUGCACAAUUGCUUAUUCUGAGGGAAGCCAGGAUUGAAAAGAUUUAUACUGAAUUGGUAAACCAAAGGUUUCUUUUCAAACGUGUGAUCCAAAGGGAAUGUAUGCUGCAACAGAUAUUAAUCAUGUCACUACCAUGUCACAUGGUUUUAGAAAAAAGACCAAAAUGGUUUUGGUCACACAAAUAUUUCUUGAAGGACCUUUCACUAAUAUGAGGGCAAUAACUCAGUAACUGUUGCUUGCUUGUUUGUUAAAUAAGCAUUUAGUUUGUUAUUUUUCUUUUCUUUUUUUUUUUUUUUUAAAUAUAAGCAAGCAUAAUUGUUUCCUUGGGCACAAAGUCAGUGGCUGCUUGGGGUUAAGCCUGUUUGGUAAAAAUGAGGCUGGGGGGAGGCAGGAAGAGGAAAAGCAGACCAGUUCUGCAGUUGGAGUAUUUGAAUCUAUGCCAUGGCUUAGACCCUGACAGUGCAGCCUCUGCUUUUGAUGUGGCCAGAGUUCUAGCUUAUAUUCUUUAGCCAGUUUUGGGCAUAAGUUCAGUCAUUUGUCAUUCUUUCUUUGAAACUGAGACUCUGUGGGGAUAAGUGUGCACCUGGAGGUGGAUUGAGUCUAAUUCCGUGUUUAUUUUGACAAGAUAUUUAUUUUUAUAAUGCAUUUUAUAACAUGGUAUGGUGAAAAUGUGUUGUUUUGUUAUGCAUGACUGGAUCUUACACAAUUAAAAAUCUAUCUUGGGUUGA